AUCGGCAGCACGGAAGUGGGCCGCGGCUUGGCAGAGCGGUGACGUCAUCGUAUCCGGGAGGUUUCCGAGGGCUCGGCCAAUGAGGCGCGGGUGCAGCAGCAGUCUCUAUACUGUGCUUGCCCAAUGCCAGCAGAGUCCAUGGGGGCCCGGCUUUCUGCCUCAGCCAAUGGGAUGCAGGCAGGAGCACGAGGCGGAGUUGCAAGUCCUGUGGCCAAUGGGGUGUAGGGGGCGGGGUCUGUGUCUUGUCAAGACCGGCCAACCAGCGGGAGGAGCGGACUUCUGGGGCGGGGCCGCGGCCACUUCCCCAAUCGCGGCGGUCUGGGGGCGGGCUGUGCCGUGGGCGACCCAAUGAGGGGCACCGCCGCCGCGGGCCUGUCAAGGGACGGGGCCGGGGGCGGGCGGAGGCGAGUCGGGAUAAACACUCGGCGGCCGCUGCUGGUAUCCGGGCUCUGUGCCGUCCCAGCGAUACCUCUUCUGCCUGGCCAGCGCGGCGACUCCUCGGCGUUCCCAGCCCGCGACCCGCGGGCAAGGAGAGGCGGCCCGCGGGGUGCAGGAUGGCGACAGCCGUCGGGAUGAACAUCCAGCUGCUGCUGGAGGCGGCCGACUACCUGGAGCGGCGGGAGAGAGAAGCUGAACAUGGGUAUGCCUCCAUGUUGCCGUACAGUAGCAAGGACAGAGAUGUCUUCAAACGGAGGAACAAGCCCAAGAAGAACAGCACCAGUAGCAGAUCAACUCACAAUGAGAUGGAGAAGAACAGGCGUGCUCAUCUCCGCUUGUGCCUGGAGAAGCUGAAGGGAUUGGUGCCGCUGGGCCCUGAGUCAAGCCGACACACCACACUGAGUUUGCUGACAAAAGCCAAAUUGCACAUAAAGAAACUUGAAGACUGUGACAGAAAAGCUGUCCACCAAAUAGACCAGCUUCAGCGGGAACAGCGGCACCUGAAGCGGCGGCUGGAGAAGCUGGGUGCUGAGAGGCCUCGGAUGGACAGCGUGGGCUCUGUAGUGUCCUCAGAGCGCUCUGACUCAGACAGAGAGCUGGACGUGGAUGUGGAUGUGGACGUUGAGAGCACAGACUACCUCACAGGGGACCUGGGCUGGAGCAGCAGCGUGAGUGACUCGGAUGAGCGAGGCAGCAUGCAGAGCCUGGGCAGUGACGAGGGCUACUCCAGUGCCAGCGUUAAGAGAGCCAAGCUCCAGGAUGGGCACAAGGCAGGUCUUGGGCUAUAGGAGAGAGCCCAAGCGUCCUCUCCACCACACCUGGUUAGGUAGUAUACCAGACCUGCCCAGAUGCCCUUGCACGCAAACCUCACGAACCACCUUGACCAAAAUCAGCUCUGUCCAUUCUGCAGAAAGCACAUAGGGUAUGGCUCUGAGUGCGGUCAAUCGCUUCUCUGUCCAUCCAUGUUGACGCUGAGAGACCGUACAUUCCAGUCAAUUUGAAGCACCCAAGAAUCCUUAUCCCUAAGCAAGUGUCACCUCUCAGCAGCCCCUCGUGCACUGUCCUCCUGCAGCUGGCCAGGUCUUAGUUUUCCAGCUCACGAUGGUACUCGCCCAGGAGAGAAGUUCAAGCUUUGUGUGGCACAUAGGAAACUGAAGCAAACAAACUUCUCAAAGGGAACUCAAUUUCAGAAACCCCAAAGGAAGCUUUGAAAGCAAAACUGAAGAGCACUGAGAAGCCAGGAAUACCUCCAGGAAGCCCUGCUAUGGCUCAGCCCCAGUGCCACAGUGUCCCCUCUUAAGAGUGGGGACUUGGCAGCUCAGGAGAAUAGCAUGCCCCCUGCAUGCUGUUCUUGGGGCCUGGCUGUGUGCUAUGUCUCAAGGCAGCCCCCACGCCCCAAGUUUGUUGAUGCUACUUGUCUCUGGAACAUUGUCCUACCUCAGAGAUAGAUGAGAGCUCCAUUGCCCACAUAACAAAAGUGAUAAUGCUUCUUUGUCCCCACGGUCUCAUUCUAACCUGUUUUCCUGUUGGACUCCCAGCAAUAACUGAGUUUUGGCACUGGCUGAGCUAGUAGCCACUGUCUCUGAGAGAAAGAGGCCACAUUUCUUCUCUAUGGCAAGUAAACAGGAGGGUUCCCUGUGUCACCAAAACCCUCCUGCUGAGUUAUUUUUGGACUCAUCUGGAAGCUUCCUUCCGGAGACUUCUGGGUUGAUGGCUUUAAAAGAUGAUUUUUCCCCCCUUGUGGCAUUUUUAUUUAAGCUAAACCAGAGCACAUGUAUAUGUACAUAAGACACACAAAACCUAUAAAUACUAUUUAUUCAUUUUAUAUAAACUAAUGUAAUGGAAUAUAAAUUCUUAUGACUGCUUUUAUAGAUGUUCUAGAAACUUUGUAUGUAGCUGUCUACAAAAUUAGUUCAUUCCCCUGACUAUUUUUGCAUUUGUAUUUUGAGGUCUUGGUGUUUUCAGCCUCUGAUGAAUCUUUUUCAUUGAACCUGAACCAUUUGUUAAAUCUGCCCUGCUAGGAGCCGAGCCUGUGUCAUGGAAUAACGGAACAUUCCUGAGAUCCACAGGUGCCACCUAAAGGCUAAAGGCUCCGUGGCUGACUUGGCAGCAGGUGGCUACAGUCGUAAACCUCCACUCAGAUGCAAACAGAUCCUGGCAGGGAGAGCAGUCCUGACCACACAAGGCCAUUCUGUGGUCUGUGAAAGUCAUGGGCUCCUUAAUGAUCCUGAAGCCCUGUUUUGCAACCCGCCCCAAAAAUUAGUCCAAAAACACAGCUUGGAUCCAUUUGCAUUUGUAAAGCCCCUUCCCCAGUCUGAGCAGAGGUUCAAGGAGCUGGCUAGGUCUGCCCUUUAUCAAGAAGAUAUACAGCUGUGCCUUGAGGUCCCCUUUUGUCCCCUCCAGACAGACCCUGAGGGCAUCGUGUCUGCUCACCGAAUCCAAGCCUUCAGAAAGUCAAGACCACAGGAGAAGCUUGCAGUCUGCAUAGGGUGGAUAGGGAACAAAACUUGUGCACAUGUUUCUUUCGCUUAGAAGGUAUCUGAGAGAUGCCCUUAUUUUUUGUGUUUUAAUUGUUUCACCUUUGAGUUAAACUGCUUUUUUUUUUCUUUUUUCUUUUCUUUCUUUCUCUCUUUUUUUUUUAACUUUUUUAUUUUUUGUCUUUUGGUUGAAAUAUGAAGUGUAUUGACCCAACAUAAAGCAGUAAUUAUUUGACUUUUGCCCUGUUCGUCUGGUCCUUGCAUAUAUGUGUGGCAGAUCUCUAUAUUUUUAAAGCACUUGUGACAGGCUAACUGCCAAGGGUAGACCUGGCUUUGGAAGUUUGAGACAGACUGAGCCAGUAUGGUUGGCAAGCUUUUCUCUAAACAAAAUUGUAUUUUGGGGGGGACCUGUAAGCUCAGCCCAGAGCAACUAAUUCCCACCCCAAUCUCUCCUUCACUAAUCACCAGCAUGUCAACCAAGAGCAAGUCUUGAGGGUAGCUUUUGUUUUCUUAAGCAAAAUGAAAAACCUUUCUAUUAAGGUUGGUUGGGGGGGGGUAUGAAUCCCAGCCAUUAAGACUUUGACAUUGUACAUGAACAGAAUGUAUAGUGUGUCAAUGAAGGCACUUGCAUAUUUUUAUGUGUAAGUUCCUUUUGAAACUAAAAUCUAAGCUGCACUCACUGACACUGUCAUGAUGCACAUGGGAAGACAGGCUCAUCACCACCUACUUAGUUUCAUGCCACAAGGAAGCAUUUUCACUGGCCUGGAAAGCACAGGACUGGCUUUGGAUGCAUACCCAGCAUCCAGCAUGUUUUGGUUUGGGUUUUCUUUUGCUGACCAGGUAUCUGAAUUGAAGGCCAGCCACCUCUAUCCUUGGAGACCUGCUGCUGCCUUAGCAAGGCCAUCAGGGUCUCAACAGGACCUAGAUUCUCCUCCUUGACCCAAGGCUGGAAUAACUCCAACAGGGACAGUGAGUUGGGCAGGCCCAACCCUGUAGUGGCUGUUGGAGUAGUUUUAUUGUUUGGUUUUAAAGCAGUAGCUUUUCAUCUACCCCCUGAUGUGUUCAACAGAAGCUGAGGCUUCCCUGUGUUUCCUAUGGCCUUUCUCCCCAUCUUUGAUGUGGCCAAGGGCAUUUGGGGGUCUAAGAACACCGGAGAUGUCAUAUGAUACUCAAAACUUUCUAGCAAUAUCUUGGGGACUUGACGAUGAGUUUUGUGGACUUUUCCCCUCUUGCCUUCUUCCCUGUCCCUUCAAGAGAGAACUUAUUUUUUGAAGAACGUAUAUAGACACAUUAAGGUUUUAUACCAUGCUGCAUUGGCAGGGAUACCACUUUUAUUGUGCUCUGUGAUUUAUCACCGAAAUUGAGUUUUCUGUUUCUUUACUGGGGUGGCUACAUCGUUCUGUCUUCCUACUUUACCAUGCCUGUGUGUUUCCUGUGUUUUCUUUGUGUCUCUGGUAUUUCAGUAGCUGCUAUAGUGCUUUUUGGGAGAAAACAACCCUGCUGGGUGCUGGCUUCUCUCAUUCUGUGUGCCCAGAGUGCUGGAGUAUGCAGCAUGUGUGUUUUCAAAGAUCCUGGGUUGAGGUGGUAUGAAAUGUGAUUCAUCAAUACUUCUCAUAAUUUUCUUUUACUGUGGUCUUCUAAAAGAAGAAAUAAUUGGCACCAUUACAUUUGGAUCAUGGAUGGCCAAGGAAAUUGAGUGUGUAUGGUAUCUCAAAAUCACACAAAGAGAAUUAGGAAGGCACUUUGUCCUGAGAUCUAUCUGGAUUUCUUACUUUGAGUUCUUACUCUAUCUGGGAGGACAGUGGCCAAGUGGGCAGUCUUCACUUUAGCUUUGAUCUAAACGCUUGCCUCCACCACUGGCCCUGGAAUUGGUGCUCCUGCUAUGUUACUGAGUGCCUAGCUCGGGGAACCAUCUUUCUGAAGGUGAACAGCCUCCACAGGAGAGCUGCAGGUGAAGAAUGGGAAAGGUUUCCAGAUGUUUCUUUAUGUAAAUAUGGUGCCAAUGUAAACCUGUGUUGAGACUGGGUAGAAUGGUGCUCUUUGGGGGGUGGGGGGCUGCAGUUAGCACUUGUCUUUUUAGAAACCAUCAUGAUUUAGAGACUCCUUGCUGUGUGUAAACUUAAUGUGUCCGUCCAUUAACAAAUAAAUUAUUUCAUUAUUAAAGAAA